UAAACAACUCAUGACAAAAAAACUCCCAAUAAUUAAAUCAGAAAUUGUUGUUUGAUAGGAAGGCUUGCUUGAGUGAUAAGCCGAUAUAUGUUAGUAUAAUCGAAACGUUUGUCAUGGGGCGAAAAUACUUCUGUGAUUACUGUGACAAAAGAAUACAAAACGAUUACAGCAUCAUCAAACAACACAAUGUAGGUCUCCCGCAUCUUCGAGCCAAGGCAGAAUACUAUCAGCAAUUUAAAGAUAUAGAGCAAAUUCUUAUGGAAGCCAAACAUAAACCUCCAUGCCGUUCGUUGAAAGACGGCAGCGAAUGCACAUUUGGAGUAUUUUGUCGGUAUCGCCAUUACACGCCGGAACAAAUGCGGGAAAUGGAAGAACUUGCUGGUAAACACACACUCUUCAUUCGGAAGAAACGAUCAGAACGGCUACAUAAAUACAUGCGCAACGUAAACGCUCGCACAGAGUUAUUCGUUCGAAAACGGUUCGAUCGGCCUGCAGCCGAAAAACUACCACCUUCCAUGUGUAUAUUUUCAGCCGCGGUGUAACUUUGUUUUGUAUUGAAAUCACCCAAGGGGCGGACCGGUGGCAUGAUUGUAGCGGAGCCGGACUUACCACAAACGGACCAGACUGAAAUCCCAUCCCCGGACCAAUCCCCUGUAGCAAGGACAGACUAUCCGGCUACGUGGUAAAAUAAGUCGAUUCGGCCAGGCCGAAAAAACGAAAAAACAAGCACAGAGUCAGUACGACGAACGAAAAUAAAACUAAUAUAUCUUUCUCAUUUACCAUUCAAUUCAUUUACCCAAACAAUUUCUAUGCUCAUUACAAUUUUUUAAGGUUCAUAGCCUCAA